AAAACAGAGCUUUGGGGGUCACCCCCAUUGUGAUUGUGAAGGCUUUUUCAAAGUGGGGACAUGAAAUGAGACAUGAGAGAGUGGGUAUGGCAUGCAAUGUCAGGGCUGUGUCAUUGGCCACUGCUCCACUACCUCAUUUCUCAAUACUCUCUACACUACAACCAAAACCCAGAAGAAGAUGAUGAUUUGGGUAGGAAAUUUGUUGGUUAGCUUUUUGGGGUUUUGAUUUUGGGUAGAAACCCAAAACUUCUGAGAAACCCAUUUGCUCAAAACUUGAGAGCUUUGUAAGGUGGAUGUUUGGGGAAAAGAGAACUUCCACUUCACUUUACUUUAGUUUUACUUUACCAGUGUUGAGGAAUCAGAUGAAUUCCGAUUCCAAGGAAGGGGAAAAUGGAGAUAAAGCAACAAAGCAAAGACCCAGAAGAAUAAGAAGAUGAUUUGGGGGUAGAAAUUGUGGUUUUUAUGAAGAUAGAUUCAAAGUCCAUGAGGGAUGGGAUGUCGCUGUUUUGGGUGGUGGCCCAUGCUCAAGGUAAUUGAUGUGCCAAUUGCUGAAUGUUGUGGCAGGGAGAUUUUACAGGCACUUUUUGAAGCCCACCCCACCCCCUCCACUCUAUUUUCCCCAAUAGGUGACACUCCCUAUACACAAAACAAGUAGAUUGAACAUCAAACUUUGGGGUAAACUAUCUUAAAUUAUUGAAGAAGACAAAGAAUGAGAAAGCUACCCUCCCUUUCUCUCUCCAGUACCCAGCAAAAACUGUCCCAUUGCUAAUUGGGGAACGAGAAUGGAGGAUUAAUAGAGAGAGAGAAGAGAAAAGGCGAGAGCAAAUGCAAAUCAUCCAACCCCAUCUCCGGUACGAGUGAUUUUGGGAGCUGAGAGUUUCGAAUCUUUUGUUUAUUUUCUUUUCUCUUCGUCGAAGAUUUUGUGCUUCCGCUGGCUUAGCCACGGGGGAACGAAGAUGCCGCGGCCAGGCCCGAGACCGUACGAGUGCGUGCGGAGAGCUUGGCACAGCGAUAGGCACCAACCCAUUAGAGGUUCCAUCAUUCAGCAAAUUUUCAGGGUUGUCAUUGAGAAUCAUAGCCCUGCUACUAAGAAGAACAAGGAAUGGCAGGAGAAGUUGCCGGUUGUUGUUCUGAAAGCUGAGGAAAUCAUGUAUUCUAAAGCUAAUUCCGAGGCUGAGUACAUGAAUCUUGAGACACUUUGGGACCGUUUGAAUGAUGCUGUGAACACCAUAAUCCGAAGGGAUGAAAGUAGUGAGAGUGGAGAGCUUUUGCCUCCCUGUGUUGAAGCUGCGCUUAACCUCGGUUGUGUUCCGGUACGAGCUUCUAGAAGCCAACGCCACAGCAAUCCGAGGACUUAUCUUACUCCAAGAGGACAAGAACCCACAUCUACUCCUGCAACCACAAUGGAUAAAGCCACGGAUGAAAGACGCCUCCCAAUAUCGUCAUUACACCCAAGCAACCAGUUGAACUUUGCUAGAGUUGCAACAAUGAACUCCAAUAUUUUUUCUUCCGAGCGUAGUAGCCAAGUAAAACAACACAACAACCCUACCAUUCCAAGUAACCCUGCUUUCUUGAUUGAGAAUGCCCCAGUUGCUCAUAACUAUUCAGUGACUGAGACGAACACCCCGGUUAACUUGGGAUCUGUUUAUCCAUUGUAUUAUGGAACUCGUUGUCAAACUGAAGAGUCCAACUUAGGCUCCCAGAUCGCUGUAGAUGCCAACCAACGGACUAUAUUUUUGGGUAGACCGAUCAUACCAAGUGCCGAGCCUGCUGAGCAUUGCCUUCGCUCGUGCAAAACUGGAAAUGCUAUGAGCAGAUUCCCACCAGAAAUUAUCACAGCCAGAGAAGAGAAGCUACCAGACACAGAAUGUGAUUUAUCUUUGAGGUUGGGUGUACCUUCCCAGUCAUGUGUGAGCACUAGGAAAACUUGGGCUCUUGAAACUGGAAACGUUGGUCCCAGCAGUUCCCAUGAGAGGACCAAAUUCCAUGAUCAGACCGUAUGCACGAAUAAAGAAUUCAGUUUUUUCCCAAGCAGAACGGCACUCGAUCCCUUUGAUUCCUACUCAAAUAUGUGGAGUUCCGACAUUGGGGGUCAGCAUCCAGAAUCUUCAACAAAAAAACGCAAAGAGCCCUUUAGUAGCAAUGAGGAGGAUGAGCCAUUUUGUUUGCGACCUGAGGUUCCAUCUAGUUGGUUUGACCAUCGAACUAAAGGGUCAGGUUGGUAGAAAGUUUUUCAAUGUUGUGGCAUAUAAUAUCGGAAAUCUUAAAUUUCCCAUAAUGUUGUAUUGUCACUAAUGAGAACUAUUCCUUUUGUAGCUUUAGUCGAAAUUUUAUAAUAUUUGAGUCUCAACUGCACAAAACUAUAUAAUUAGGUCAGGCCCUCAAAACAUGUGAGGUGUGACUUUGAGUUGAGUGAACCAUUAACCAUUAACCAUUAACCAUUAACCAACAUGGUUAGAACAGAAAUCUGAAUAGGUACGAUUGCUUCAUGUUAAGCCGCAUAACUAAUACAACAAUAGAAGUGAAUUCCCUCUUGAGGUUACCACUUUCUUUGAGCUACAUGAGAAGUGUGAUUCUGUGCUCUGUAUGCUCGUUGCGAAUAAGAUCAUUUUUAGUUCUUAUAAUCAAUUGAACUCUUUCUUGUUCACCUCUUUUUGGUAUUUUGAGACAUUCUCCCUUCAUUUGACCCAGUAAACUGGACAGUUCCAUGCAUUGAAACUUGGGGAGCAGGGUAGGAAAGUUAUCGCUUGGCUGGCUUUUCUAUUUUGUCAUUUGUUUCCAUAUGAAGAGAAAUAGGAAUCUGUAUACCCGUUCAUUCAUCAGUCUGUGGUAAAGUGAUUCAAAUUUAAAAUCUAGAUAUAUAUGUGAUUAUGAGUUCAAACUUCAGUUGUCAUUUAUCUGACAUAUGGAAUAUCUCAGGAGUUUUUCUAUGCCAAAUGUCACUGGUGGUUUUCUUAUGGAAUUAGUUGUGGUGUGCGUAAAUCUUAUCGGUCACCCAAAUCAUCAAAAAAAGAAAAGAAAAAGAAAUAUAUCAUUAUUUUUAAUUAUUCAGAAUCAGAUAUCCUGCUGUAUCUUGUAAUUUUUUUUUCUUCAGUAAGACUAUCUGUCUGUCCCAUUGUUUUUUUAAUUUUCCAGGUUCCUUUCAUCCUAAUAAAUUCUCAUUUUAAUAUACACUCACAGAAACACUGAUAUAUGCACAUGUAAAUCUGUGAUCUGCAGAGAGUUCAGAAUCACCUUGCUUAAAUUAACAUAUAUUAUUUUCCAGUUACUAGAUUUCUUGUUAUUUAUAUUGAAAGCUAAUAUCACAACUCACAACUGCAAUUCAUUUUUCAAAAUUUGUUGACUCAUUUACUUACUCUGAAUCGUGAAGAGAAUACAAUUUGUGUCAUGGGAUUAGGUUUGUGUCAUGGGAUUAGGUUUGUUCUUAUCAAGAGAAUCUAAAAUUAUUGCUUUCUUUCAUUGAGGAUGUCUCAUAGCUCAAUUUGAGCUGCUGACCUGUUUGUUAUUGAUUUUUUCUUCUUCUUCUGGAGUUGAAGUUGCAUCUGCAGUGGUGGAGAGUGAGAAUCUGCUGAAACCUUACUUUUAAGUUAUUGUAUCAAAAUUAUUCUUCUGAAUGAUGAGAUUCUGUAUUAAAUAGUUUGUAUCAAUAAGUGAAA